AUGCAACAAAAUAAAACAUUCACGCUUCCCCCCACACAGAAAGUCGUCGAGGAAUUGAGCGGUCAGCUGCGGGAGGCGCGCGAGGCGUUGCGGCGCGCCUCGCCCCUCGGCGGCCCGCCCCCCGCGCGCGCCUCCCCCUCCGCGCCCUCGCCCACACAGAUGGUGCUGAGCGCGAGCGGAAGCGUGGGCAGCAGCGCGGGCGGAGGCGGCAGCGGAAGCGGGAGCGGGGGCGGGGGCGGUAGUAGCAGCAGCGGCAGCGCCUCCGAGGUGGAGGUGGGCGAGGAGGUGCGCGCCGCGUGGCUGCCGGACAGCGCGGCGCCCAGGUGCCAGCACUGCCGCAACCCCUUCUGGCUGGCGCGGCGGCGCCACCACUGCCGGCGCUGCGGCGGCAUCUUCUGCGGCUCGUGCUCGGAGAUGAGCCCGUGGGGCGAGUGCGGCGCGGUGCGCGUGUGCCGCCGCUGCCGCGCGCUGCGG